GAGACGGACGGGCAGAGCGGCGGUGCGCCCGUCGAGGAGGCGGAGCGGGGCCGCUAUGGAGGAGGCGCAGCGGCGGGCGCUGAGGCGCGGGCGGGCCCGGCUGGUGUCGUCGCUGCGCCUGGCGCCGCUCUGGGACGCGAUGGAGGAGCGCGGGCUCUUCACCCGCGCCAUGCUGGAGGAGCUGCAGAGUGCUGGCAGCCGAGGAGAGCAAGCCCGGCAGCUGAUCAUUGACCUAGAGACUCGAGGAAAACAGGCUUUCCCUGUAUUCCUCUCCAUCCUGCGGGAGACAGGACAGGGUGACCUUGCAGACAUGCUGACCAAGGAGUGCGAGUGCCCACUGGCGCCACCGCAGCUGGUUGACCUGCAACCUGUCGAGCUGGACUUACGCGGAGAAAAGCAUAAGGAAAAUGUGAGCAUUCCUGAGCGUUUGUCCAUCCCAGUCCAAGCUGAGAACAAAAGACCUCAAAUGCCUCCUGCGCCAACCCGGGGUUCAGCUGUUGACAAGAGGAACCGCGAUUUGGUUUACGAGCUGAAAGCGAACCCGUGUGGCCACUGCCUGAUCCUCAACAAUGUCAACUUCAGUAGAGACUCAGAUCUGUCCACUCGAGACGGCUCUGACGUGGACUGCGAGAAGCUGGAGAAGCGCUUCAAGGCCUUGUGUUUCAACAUCCUGACUCGGCGCAAUCUGAAAGCUCAGGAAAUGGUUUCAGAGCUGCAGAAGCUGGCACAGCAGGACCACAGCGCCUUGGACUGCUGUGUCGUGGUCAUCCUUUCCCAUGGCUGUCAGACGAGCCAUAUUCAGUUUCCCGGAGGCAUUUAUGGAACGGAUGGAAAACCCAUUCCAAUAGAAAAGAUUGUGAACUAUUUCAAUGGGUCCCAUUGCCCGAGUUUGAGAGGAAAACCCAAACUCUUCUUCAUCCAGGCCUGUGGUGGAGAACAAAGAGAUCGAGGCUUUGUAGUGGAUUACGAUUCACCCAGUGAUGAAGCUCCUGGAGGUUCUUUGGAGUCGGAUGCAACUCCUUUUCAGACUGUAGCGGGUAAUGUGGAUGAGCCAGAUGCCGUAGCCAGUUUGCCUACACCCAGCGACAUCUUGGUGUCCUACUCGACUUUUCCAGGUUUUGUCUCCUGGAGGGAGGCGUCGACCGGCUCAUGGUAUGUGGAAACACUGGACAGUGUGCUGGAACAGUAUGCCCACUCUGAAGACCUGCUGAACAUGUUACUGCGGGUGGCGAACGCUGUCUCUGCCAAGGGGAGGUACAAGCAGAUUCCAGGCUGUUUCAACUUUCUCCGUAAAAAAUUCUUCUUUAAGUGCAAGUGAUAUGUGGUCUCUGAGGUCCCCACCAAGUGGGACAAUUGCUUCCCUGUGGCCAGAUGAAAUCUGUGCUGGCCGUGACUCAGCAUCGCUGCUUCUGGUGUCUGUCGAGGUGUCUGUCUUGAGAAACGUGAUCUGGGAAAUAGAGAUGGAGACCGGUGCUGUGCUGAUGGGAAACAUUAGCAACGGAGCAGGGAUAUGGGGUAAGGAAGACCCUUUGCUGGGCAGUGGACCAGCCCGGAGCUUCUGCAAGGAGCGUGCCUCUAACUCAGCCUCCAAGUAUUCUUAUUAUAUCUUUUCCUUAUUCCACAAUCCAUGAUGUUUGUGUCCUUUCCUGCCUGGAGAACCGAUUGAUGGAAUUGAGGUCUGAUAGUUAAGUGGAAUGGAAUGAUUUUUGUAAUCUAUUUCUCGUUUUCAAUAAAAAGGAAUG